AUGCGUAGCCUGUGGCGGCCCGCACUCUGCCGACAAGCUAUGUCCCAGUGCAAGAUAGCGAGGAUCCGCCAAGACAAGAAACUUACCUACAAGGAGGUCCUCCUUGCUGUUCACUCCCAAGAAAAGAAAAAACAAGAAACGAAGAAACAAGAAAUUAAGAAGAAAGAAGAAAAAAGAGAGAAAAAGCAAGACACAAAGAACCAUGAAGUUAUCAAGAAACCAGAUAACGUUGACCCAGAACCUCACCUCAUCAGGAUCACCUCCUCAGACUUCCUCAACAUUUACGAACGUCAUGGACACGAGGAAGAACAAGAACAAGAACAAUACACUCAUGAAUGGACAGUUCAAGAAAAGAAAAAAAGAAGAGGAAGAGAACAUCUUCGUCUUUAA